UUGUAUAAGAUAGUAUUUUCAUGUUAACAACAUACUACGUGUAAUUCCACAAAAUAGGAUAUGAAAGAGAUUACAGUGUAUAUUGAUCUUAUCAAUACCUUAGGUCUGAGUUAAGGCAUCCAAGAGAAGACAAAUAUAGCGUUAAGGAGAUAACAGUUCGGACAAGGGCUAAGAGAUAAUUCCACAAAAUAGGAUAUGAAAGAGAUUAGAGUGUAUAAUGAUCUUAUCAAUACCUUAGAAGCAGAGGCUAGAAUAGGAUAUGAGGAGGUUAGAGUGCAGACUGAUCUUAUCACUAUCUUAAAAGCAGAGGCGAAGUAAGGAUUGUUUUGGACCGCAUUGCAGGUUGAUUCUUAGGUGACGCUUCCAACAAGAUUUUCUUCGUAUCCACGAUGUAAUUUCUAAUGUGCAAGACAUGAGUUUAGAAAAAUUUUGCCUUGUUUUUCAUAAAUUAUGUAGUAUCUAAUUUCAAGUCAUAAAUAAAGAUCAGCUUAGAGAAUUUUUACUAAGUUCACGGGAUCCAACUACGGGGAUGAAAUAAAUAACUCUUAAAUGUCCAUCAAAUUAGAAUUAGGAACAAAAUUAAAGAUCGUCAUUUUUUUAAAAAAAAUCGAAUUUUGAUAGAAAUAUCUUAAAUAUAUAAAAAAAAAUAGAUAUAAGUGCGCCUCCUCCUUUCCCUCCUUAUUUGCGGUUGAGAAAACAUUUUACUGUUUAUAAGUACACAAUUCCCGAAAAAAAUUCACGCCCAAUUCAUUGCUUCUCCAUUUUUCUCCCUUCAAUUUCUCCUCCGAUCACUUCUAACGACGCCGUUUAUCUUCGAGACUCGCCGUCGAUCAUCUUCUCCGGUUAUGCUCUUCCGUUCUCCGACGCGCCGGUACAAUCUCCGGCUCUUUCAUUCUUAUUCGCAAAAUAUUCCAUGGCUCUAGAACAGUCUUUUGGUGAACCUAUUAUCGGUUUUGGAUCUGAUGAAGACAUUUCCCUAAAGAAAAGGAACUCAGUUCCAGUUCCAAUGGCAAACGCUGGAAAUCUGAUGGAAUGUUUUGAUUGCAACAUUUGUCUUGAUUCUGCACAUGAUCCUGUUGUCACUCUCUGCGGUCACUUAUACUGCUGGCCUUGCAUUUACAAGUGGAUUCAAGUGGAGAACUCUGCCCCAGGAUCAGAAGAGACACCUACAUGUCCGGUCUGCAAAUCUCACAUCUCAAACUCCUCAUUGGUACCUCUCUAUGGCCGCGGUACAUCAUCAGAAGAAUGCAGAUCCAAUGAGGCUCAAGUUGAUGUGGUCGUACCUCACAGGCCUCAAGCCAUUUGGACAACAGCCACUCAAGUUAACACAUCAUCACCUCCGUCUUCUCAUGUUCAUCAACAACUUAGUCACACUUCUUUGUAUUAUCCACCAUCCUCAAUUCAUCACCAACAAUUCUUCCCCCACGCUUUUGGUGGCUAUGCAGCUAUAGCUCCAUCAACCUUCAGAGGCUCUGGAAUGACUCGGUUAUUCAGCCCAAUGGUCGUGAUGUUUAGUGAAAUGUUUCUCGCAAGGAUGUUGGGGGGCUCGGAUGCAAGCUCAUUCUCCUAUCCUUAUCUUAGCCCUCACCCCAUUCCGGGAGUCGGUAGCUCUAGAAUGAGAAGGCAAGAAAUGCAAAUGGACAAAUCUCUCAACAGAUUAUCCAUCUUUCUCUUCUGCGCCUUCAUCUUGUGCCUUCUCCUAUUCUGAUCACUAUUAUUACUAUAUGCUUCCUCGUCAUUAAACAGAUGUAAAAAGCUAUCUGACUGUGCCCGAUACCUAUGGACGAUCUAUUGAAACGCCUAGGUGGCAUCAGCAGUCGGGCGUUAACAACAACAACAUAUCCAGUAUAAUUUCACGAAUGGAAUCUGGGAAAGUUUAAGUGGACGUAGACCUUACCUGUACCUCGUGAAGACUGGACAUGUAGUCGAUAGUCAAAGAAAAGAAUAACAUGACUUGUAGUGAUUUAAGCAUAAAAGGCUCUAUUUCUUGCAAAGGUUGCUUUAAUCUUCCCUUUGUGUGAAGUGCUCCUCUUCUUCUUUUUUUCUUUUUUUUUGGUUUUUCACUUGAUGUCUGGUAUUUUUAUUUUUUUUUUCACUCGAUGUCUGAUAUCUGUAUUGACAUUCUCAUGAAUUAAUUAGCUAAUAUAUAUCUGAGAUCUAGCUUGAGCAA